AUGUCAUCCAGUUGGUUGGAAGUCCCAAGGGAUGAAAGAUCAAGUCUGCACUCACCUGCAUCCUGCAUGGUUCUUGCAGAUCUUAUAGGAGAUGGUGACAAUAAAUUGGUGGCUGCUCACGUUGACUCUUAUAUUGGAACCAGCAAAGUCAAACUUAGAGCAUUUAAAGGCCGCACUCAAAUUCAAGAAACUGUUUUACCAGGAAUUCCUUCUGCUAUAGUAAAAUUACACUUAGAAGAUUCUGAUGCCGAAGCUAUAGCAGUAUCUUGUGGAUGUGACAUCCUAUUAUAUCGCAAUUUCAAACCUUAUUUUAAGUUUACCUUACCUCCUUUGGAAGUUUUACCUUUGGAAAUUGAAAUAUGGCGAAAAUUUGAAGCUGGUGAAUCCGAUGUUUCCGCAUUUUUGGAAUCGUUAAGAGAAGUUCCAUUUUCUGAAUUAACUAUUAGAACUCAGAAUUUACUGGCACUGCCCGAGGAAAACAGACCGGAUUUUAUAGCAAAGCAUCUUCAAGAAGACUCUGUACGUCGUAGCGCGGUUAUGUGUAUGGCCCCCUUGAGCAGAAAUGCUGCAAAAGAACGUGCUGCUGAUUGCCUGAGUCUGGUCACCCAGCAUGGGGAACUCAUGAUACUCGACUCACAAGCGUUCACUAUAAUACACCAGGCUCGCAUAAGUUCUUCAAAAUAUACUCCUACUUUGAUGUCGAUGAUAGGAUCUUACGAUGUGGAAUAUCGGUGCUUGGUAGCUUGCAGGGAGAAGACGGUAUGUGUUUUGCGCAAAGGCUGGUUAGAAGGCCGCACUCUCAUUCGUCUUGAUGUGCCAAUUGUUGGUUUAGAAAUUAAUGCACAAGAUCAAUCUGCAAUACUUGUAUUAAUGGAUAAAACAAUAUCUUGUUAUUCUAGAAAGGAACUUUUAUCUUUUUUUGUGCAGGGUAGACGCAUGUGGACGGUAACGUUGCCGGCUGCUCCUACUGCUUUCUGCCAAGCUGUCCUCCCUCAUUUGGGAAUGUCUUUGGCAAUUGUUUCUAUGCUAGGAGGUGAAAUUCAUUGCUAUAAAGGCAGGCAUUUGGUGGACAUAUUUAACAUUACAGAUACUGCAUCGGCAGUUACUUUUGGAAGUCUCGGUCAGGAGGAACAUGUACUCAUAAUUUCCACAAAUGAUGGCUCUUUGAUCAUGAAAAUUUUAAAAAGAACUGCUAGAUUUGCUGUCACAAAAUCAGCGUCAAUGGAAUCCAUAAAUUCUCAGGCACCUCCACUUCAGCUGCCAAAGAAAACUAAGCUUUUUGUAGAACAUAGCAUCAGAGAAAGAGAACAAGCAAUAGAAAUGCAUCAGAUUUUCCAACAAGAACUUUGGCGAAUGCGUCUUAAUGUAGCUCGAACCACUGUUGAUACUUUGCAGUCAGCAGACACUUCCGUUGCUCUAGCCAAUGCUGCUCCAGUCAAACUUGCAGCUCAGGUUCUUGGUUUAGGACCCACUUUUCGCCUGGCACUCCAAUUGGAAAACAUGUCUCAACUGACAAGAAUCACUGAUUUAUUUAUUCUCAUACAUUGCGAUCAUAAUUUGUACAUAGCUAAGGAUUCUUAUAUGAAGAUUCCUCUUCUUGUGCCUGGUGUGAACUAUCAUUUGGAAACCCAUAUUCGUGCUGUACAACCAGAUAAUCCAGAACAACUUUCGGAGGAAUAUGAUGAUAAUUCUUACAGUAUCAGAGUAAUUGUUCUGCGUGAAGGACAUUGUGCUCCUCUUAUUGCUGCUAUUGUUCAAAUGCCACCAGCAGAAGUGUAA